CUGUCACCGACCAUGUCCUCUCUGCAUCUGCAGGACUUUGACCUUGACGAAAAUGGCGACGACACGCACACCCUCCACGCCAAUGAGGACAAGGUUGACUCUGGGGACUACCUGUCGCGAAUGGAGGAUGUCAUGGGUGACCAUGCGGACGCGCAAGUGAGCGAGCAGGAGGACGAAGACGAGGAUGACGACGAGGGAUUCGUGUAUAACGGAGAAGACGCCCCUGAGACUUCGUUUGUGUACAAGGAUCGACUGCGGGAGGUACUGGGGUCCGAAGGCGAACCGGACGAGGAAGAUCACGAAGUACACGAAGUAGAGCACUCGCUUAUAAUUCCGCCAGACGCAUCCCAUUCCGACGACGACGACGUCCCGCUGGAGCAAGACGAUGAAGUCAUCCCGUCCUUGAGCGUUUCGUCAGCUGGCAUUCUAACUCCCCCGCGCGCGGACUCUCCGAGCUUGAAUGGUACACCAUCGAAGCUGCUAUCGCGACCAUUCCUCCACCCGAAUGUAUCGCGUCUGCGUUCGUAUACUCCAGGCUCCCGCCCUAUGUCCUCGGCCAGCUUUGGUUCUGUGAACUCGCACUUUUUCGACGCGUCGCCGUCUCCAUCCCAUUUCUCGUCAAUCUCGCGUGCGUCAUCGCCGUCGAACAUGUACACCCCGUCGUCCAGUGAUGCUCCCGUCAAAAAUAAGCAAGCCCGGACGGAGCGUGAGGUGUUUCGUUGGACUCCGCUGCGCAGCAUAACACAGCAUGCAUUUGGGCCCAAGAAGGCGACGUCUGUCUUGGGAAAUUCUAGCCACGGGGCUCCGACCACUUUGAAGUGCGUUUGUGGAGAGGAUACUGCGGGCAAGGCUGUGGGCCCAGUCACUGCACUGGCUCUCUCGCAUGAUCAUACGUUUGUUGCAUCCGGUCAUGCAUCAGGAUACAUCCAGCUGUUUGAUCUCAAGAACCCAAGUAGUCCUGCGCGAACUGUUCCUCCGAUCACGCUCACGGCAGUGGCGUCUGGCCGACAAGAGGGACAUAUCCAAGGCUCGCGUAUUCUGAGUAUCGGUUUCGUGGCGGGACGACAUACGGCGUUGGUGACCGCGGACGAGCAUGGGCUGGCGUUUUAUCAUAGUCUGGGCAAGCUUUUAUUCGUCGAGGCGUCGGACAUUCUGCGCAUCCUCGGUAAAUACAUGGAAGACAAUGCCCCCGUGAGCGCAGGGACAAAGCGGUCUCGGUACACGAUACUUUCGAUGAUGCCACUUCCUCUGGGCGCGUCACCCCAUACGACGGACGGCUACCACGUCAUCGCACUCUUGACGCCGACGAAACUGGUUGUGGUCGGGCUCAAGCCCACACCCAAGACGUGGUUCAAGUACCGUCGUCCUGGGAAUGUGAUGGAUUCAGGAAACAAAUGGAGGGGUUCGAUGGCCUGGUUUCCGAAUGCGGGCGAGAACACUGCUCCGAUUCUCGCGUUUAGCUGGGCCAAUACGCUGUUCCUUCUUCGCAUCACCGAAAAUCGGGCGAAGCAGCUUGCGAAGAACUCGCGGACAGGGAAGACAGCGGAGAUGGACGUCGGAAGGAUUGUUUACUCCGAAGCUGGGCAGUGGUCUGCAACGGAGGCUAUUCUUGCUGUUCAGUGGCUCAAUGCGAAUCAAGUGAUAGUUCUGACGGCGUCCACACUGCAUGUAUACGACGCGGGUCUUGCGAAGGCUGUCGAAUCUGUGCCCUUUGAUGGCCUGAGUCUUGUCUCUCCGACGCUGAGGGCGACCAUCAACGGUUCAGUCCCAUAUCUAGACUCGGUGGGCGAUGUCGCACAGAGCAUCAGGGUCUACAAGGGCAAGAUAUUCCUCCUGGGCCGAGACUAUGUGCAAGCUGGCACGCUGCUUACAUGGGCCGACCGAAUCCUGGGCUUCGUGCAGGACGGCGACUUCCUGAGUGCAAUCGACCUCGCUCGGUCGUACUACCUGGGGGAGGCUCCGGGCAAUCUGAACGGGCUACCCGACGAUGCCGCCGCUCGGGAGGUGACCAUCGGCGAGAAGAUCAGAGAGCUCAUGGUGGCUUCGAGCCGAUAUGCUUUCUCUGAGGACCGGAUGUCCGAUGGAACGCACGACACUCUCGACGGCCGCGGCGUCGAUCGGACGGCGCUGUUCGAAGGGCUGGUGGACUGCUGUGCUCGAGCCUGCGUUGCGCUGAAGGACUGCGAGUUUGUGUUCGAGGACCUGUUCCAGUACUACGAGGACGCCGGGAUCACCCGCAUCUAUCUGCUGCAACUCGAGUCGUUCAUCCUCUCCGGCGACAUCCGCAACGUCCCUCCACGAAUUACACAGCGGCUGGUGGCUCUCCACGACCAGGACGGCCGACCUGACUUGGUGGAGCGCGUGAUCUGGCACAUCGACCCGUUGUGCUUGGACAUCAACCAGGCCAUCACUCUGUGCGAGAGACACCAUCUGUACGAUGCAUUGAUCUAUGUCUAUACGCGUGCUCUCAACGACUAUGUGGCACCCGUGGUGACGCUGCUGGGCCUCAUCCGUAAGGUUCAGCAGCAUCGGAGAACUUCGGCCGAACCGGUGCCCGAGGGCCAUCCCAUGGAGCCGGUGAUUCUCAACGCGUACAAAAUCUAUCCGUAUCUUGCCAACUGUCUGUCCGGACUGUCUUACCCCAGCGAAGAGCCUUUACCGCCGGAGGAAGCGGCUUUGGCCAAGAGAGAUGUUUAUGCAUUUCUGUUCUCGGGCCGAUCGAGCAUAUGGCCCGAGGGAGACGGAGGCAAGCUCGUGCUGACGUCCGACGAGGAGGGUGUCCCAGAACCCACCUAUCCGUAUGCUCGACUGCUACUGCGAUUCGAUGCCGAGUCGUUUCUGCACUCGCUGGACAUUGCGUUCGAGGAUUCGUAUCUCAACGACGAGUCACUUCCCAUCAGCCGCCUUGUCAUUGUACGCAUUCUCCUGGAAAUCAUCUCCUCCGGCCGUUUCCCGCCAUGUGACGUGACCUUCACCGACAUCUUUGUCGCCCGGAACGUGCCCAAAUACCAGCAGGCUCUGAAGACGCUCAAGCCGAGUUUGCUGCACGGUAUCCUUGUCCGUCUUGCAGAAGAUCCCGAUCCCGACACGCGAGAGGACCGGCAGCUGGCAGCCGAAUAUCUGCUGUCCUGCUUCAAUCCUCACGAAAGCGAACGCAUCAUCCAUCUGUUCGAGGCCGCCGGCUUCUACCGCAUUCUCCGGACAUGGUAUCGACGAGAGCACCAAUGGGUGCCUCUGUUGUGCACCUACUUCGAUGACCCCGACCUGCGCUCAUCUGAGCUCUUUUCGAACGCGGACGAUAUCCUGCGCACCGCAUUGCGUGGCAACAAAGGGACUCUGCCGUCCGAUAUGGCGACCACAGUCGCGUCGGCCCUCCCACAUCUGCUGGACUCGAGCAUCACGGGGACGGCAGCCUUGGUCAACAAGUACACAGGGCAUCUGCACGAGGUGGCGCUCGCGAGCUUGGGCGGCCACGAGCGAUUCAUGUAUCUGGAACACCUGUUUGCGUCGCCAGCAGAGGCACCGCUGUCGCUCUGCGAAGCAUUUGUCGCCCUCCAAUGUCUAUAUCAUCCACGUGACAUCGUCGCCACCCUGAGCAGUCUUCCUGCCGAUGACCUGGACUGGCCCAAGCUGAUCCAGACUUGCGAGACAAACGAGGCGUUCGAUGCCGUGAUUUGGGCGGUCAACCGCCAAGGCGACGCUAGAGAGGCCCUUGCCAAGGCAGCUACCUACGAGCAGCAACUGACCGCUCGCUUGGUCGAGUCGCUAAACAACGCAGACGAUCCAGAAGUCUCCCUGGAGAAGGAACUCGGCGAUCUGGAGGCGAUGGGGAAAACCGGCAUCACAAUUUGUCUCGAGCGAUCGCAAGGUGCUUCGGCGACAGAGGUCCCGCUGGAAGAUAUCUGGUUCCAGCUCCUGAACAGCCAGAUCAGCUGCGUGCAGAAUCUCACUGGCUGUUCCACAGACCUCAUCCCUGGCCGGGAGGGCAAGCUGGAUCAUACGCUCUCGAAGCUUCGUCUGCUGGUCCAAGAAACGUUUGAGGCUCUGGUCUCAAUCAGCUCGACACGAGCUGUUUCGUUCCCCCAUCUUUUCAAACGACUCGUCACCUCAGCGACCCCGUCGACAACUGGGACUCAGUACACCGAGUUCAAGACGAUCCUGACGGGAAUGCUUGAGUCAUACCGAUCAGAUGGCGACAUGCUAUCCAUCUCCAAAAAUCUCGUCGAUCGCGAUCUGUUUGUCAUCGUCGAGCAGGCAACCCAAGAACGCGGCGUGACUGCGUCUAUUCAUGUACGGACGCUCAUGUCGACAACCACGUCAGUGGCGUCUGCGGGCCAGGCCCAGAUCUCGCAGCCCCCCGCCUCUGCUCCAUCGGCCUCGUUCUCCCCGCCACCCAACAACAAUAAUCCGGCGACGUCCGGCUCUACGUACUACUUUGGUUUCCUGGUCGCCUUUCUCGCCUUCCUGUUCCUGUUCCUCUCGCUCGGCCUCCUCGCCCGCCGGAGACGCAUGCACCUAAUGCGCGAGAUGAUGCUCUACGGGUCGGACGACGACACGCGCCCGCUGUCCGCGUCGAUGGUCAAACGAGACGUCAUCGAUGACAAAUCUCCCCCCGGCGACAAGGACGCAGCGUGGCCGCCGCGUCCGACACGGAACCCCUUCGUCGUCUAUUUUGGUUUCCCGGCAUGGCAACAACCUCGCCGGAACCCCCGUGUACGACGACAGAUCCAAGUUCCUGAGAAACUUGAUCUUGCGUUUAUGAUUAGCAUGCCGCAGCCGCCCGACGCGGCCGACGACCCGGAGAGGCCGUACUUUGAGAUGGGCGUCCUGCAUGUGCCGUGGACGGAUCCGGCGAUUGAGACACAGCACCAGCCGACCGCGGAUGAACUUGAACGAGACGCUCCGUAAUGAUUCGUAUACACCACUACUUGUGUUGUAUCAUAAGGCCACAUGUAAUUUGCACAAUCGAGGC